UUAUUAGUAAGCUAAUUGCUUACAGGUGUUCUGAUGUCAGGAUGUAUAGCAAGCUAUAACAUCCAGGCAGGCUGCUUACUGUAGUUUGUUAAGAGUACUGUAGACUGUAGUUCUAUUGGGAAAAGUAUAGUUCCCAGGAUUUUUGGGGGGAAGCCAGGUGCUUUAAAUGUAUGGUGUGGAGAUGCGCUUAGCUUGGAUGCUCUAUUUCUUCCUUGUGUUUUAACUGGCAAGGAUGGCAACUGAAGGAUCCCUCAAGGAGCUCUUUGAUGCCAUGACUUGUCCCAUCUGCCUGGGGCAUUUCAAAGAUCCUGUGCUGUUAGACUGUGGGCAUAAUUUCUGCAAAGCCUGCAUUGGCCAGCCCUGGGCUGAGUCUGCUUACCCCGAGUGCAGAAGGCUCUUUCAACCAAUGGAUGGCCGGCCAAACUGGCAAGUGGGGAAAGUGGUCCAGCUUGCCAACAAACUGAGGGAGGAGAAACGACGAGAAAGGAAUAGGGAUGUGUGCAAAAGGCAUCAAAAGCCCCUGAAGUUAUUUUGCAAGGACGAUGAAGCCCCCCUCUGCGUGGCAUGUAAACGAACCAAGGCGCACAAGGGCCAUCACAUUGCUCUGCUGGAAGAGGUUGGCCGAGAACUCAAGGGGAUUGGACAAGUUAAUGAAGCAAAAAUGAGGUCUUCCCGCCAGAGCAAAAGCCUGUGUGUGUUUGCUCAGGAGAAAACCCAAGCCCAGCUGAAGGCCAUGGAGGAAGGGAAGAAAAACCUUGGGGGCUGCAAAAUGACUCAAGAGCCAGAGAGCUCAGAAUGGCUGCUGGUUUUUCAUGGGCAGAGGUGGUGUAAAAGCAAAAUGGGAAUAUGGCAACAUAUGUUUGGUCACAUAUCCCCUGAAGCAAAAGGUGCCGUAACAUGCAGAAGGGACUGUUCUCCUCCUCAGGGUUUUGAGAAGAAUAUGCACAGAACAGGCAAUCCAGAAGAGCCACAUUCUAACACCUGCAGCACACGUCGUUCAUUUAUUUUCGAAACGCAGGCAUUCAUAUGAUGCCAGGAAAAGGUGCUCAAUGAAGGGAGUGUUCUAGCGUUAGACCAAUAGUCCUGAACAGUGAACACUCUUCCUGAAAGAAGUCUGAGCAGUCAACUAAUGGACACCAUUAUCAGUUCUGAUACUCUGGGAUAGCCUUGCACAGCAAGUUUCCCUUCUGAUGAUUUGAACUACAGCUCACAUCAGUCCUGGCCCCAGGCUGUCCAGGGCACUUCAGCUGCCUUUGCCUCCAAUAAUGUAAAGAGAAGCAGAUAUAAAGCUGACCAUAGUGCCAAUCCCUUAUGGACUCUUUCUAAAUCCCUAAUUUGCUAUUUUUCCAAAAGAGCAUUUAUAUAAAGAUGUGCAUAUCACGUGACUCUCCCUGUCUUGUACACUUUUUAUUUACUG